CUUCGCCACCGUUCGAACCCUAUCAAAAAAAGUAAAAUGGCCGUCUUAGAUCGAUAAUUCCUAUGCCGUAUUUUCUCUCCGUUUUACUCAUUUUCGACCGAAUAAAUGAAUAAAAAGUGUAUUUACCCUCGCGUAGACAUGAGUGCCGGUGAUUUAGUCGUUUACUGUGAUCAUUUGACGUAAUAAACCUUCACGGAGGAUAGGAUGAAGUGCUUAUUAUAUAUUCAAUUGGUUUAUUAUUGGUGAUGGGAGACUUUUGAAAAUUGCCGACUUCGUAGACAUGGCCACGACUCAGGGUGAGAUCAGGGUAGGGCCCAGCAACCAGGUAAAGGAUGUUUAUGCGCGUCUUCCCGACUAUCGUCCGGGCGUACCGCCUGAGCAGCUGCCACCGGAUCCCGAACAGUCGCGUACACGCGAAGAGCUCCGAUGGAUACCGGCGAUGACGCUCGAUUCCGAUCUCCUAAUGUACUUGAGGGCUGCCCGUUCCAUGGCCGCUUUCGCCGGGAUGUGCGACGGAGGUUGCCCGGAGGACGGCGCCACCGCCGCAUCUCGUGAUGAUACGACUAUUAACGCAUUGGACGUGCUGCACGAUUCCGGUUAUGACCCCGGUCGCGCCCUGCAGGCGUUGGUAAAGUGCCCCGUACCCAAAGGAAUCGACAAAAAGUGGACGGAGGAGGAGACAAAACGAUUUGUAAAGGGUCUGAGACAGUUUGGCAAGAAUUUCUACCGCAUUCGCAAGGAUCUUUUACCGCACAAGGAUACGCCGGAGCUGGUCGAGUUUUACUACCUGUGGAAGAAGACGCCGGGCGCCAACAACAACCGGCCCCAUCGGCGGCGCCGCCAGGGCUCGUUGCGUCGAAUACGCAACACCAGAAACAGUCGAGGCGGCGCCGGUGGCACGCCGCCGUCGGCCGGACGUACCGGAGCCCCCGUCGAGACGGAAACCAGUCGGCCUUCUCCCCAACCGGGCAAGGAACCUGGCGAGACUAGCUCGGUUACCGAGGACGAUAACUCGGAGGACGACAGCGACAGUCGCGAGCAGUACCGCUGCCAGCAUUGUUUUACCACGAACUCCCGCGACUGGGCAACCGGCGGCAAAGACCGUCAGCUGCUCUGCUGGGAUUGUCGCGUCCACCUCAAGAAGACCAACGAACUCCCCCCACUAACAGCGCCGGCGGCCGGCGGAACACUGCCCACGCCCACAAUCAAAGACCCGCAAACCAAAGACCUGAAGGACACCGCCGUCAAGGACGCGAUCUCGAUCAAAGACACCUCGAAAGACAAGCCGAACGACAAAGACAAGGAGACGUACCUAUUUCGGCCGGUCGCCGAGAGCCCGGACGCGAGUCCGCAGCGCAUGCGCACCCGCAACAAGGCGGCGAAGGAGCAGUUGCCGAAUCGGAUACGGCCGAAGCGUGGCGAGACCGAGACGCCCGAGCCGAAGACGCCCUCGAAACCGGCCGCGAACAACAACAACGGCUCGAUCGAGAAGGCGACGUCGACGCCGAUCAAAAACAAGAAGGGUCACAAGGGCGAGAAGACCGAGUCGCCGGUCAAGAGUCGCAAGCGCGGUCAGGAGAAGACGGAGGAACCCGACAGCGAGGAGAAGGAGCUCGGGCUGUUCAAGAAGAAACGAGAGAGAGCCGAGAGUCCGUCGAGCAUAACGACCGACUCGGGCUCCUUCAACGACGAAGUUGACAAUAACGAGCCGGAUUCGGAACCCGUCGACCUACUGAGCCUCUCACUGCCCGCAAUCAGCAAUCCGAUCGUGCCGUCCUGUACGAACGCGAGCCUGAUGCAAACGCAACAACAAGAAACUGCCAAAAUGAUCAAAAUCGAAAAUCCCGAACCGGAAAAGGCGCCGCCGCCCCCGUCGGCGACGCUGAUCCCCAUCAUACCUACAGUACCUGUGAUAACCGCCGCGAAAAUGUCGUCGUCGACCGAGACGAAGCCCCUAAACGUUUCGAUACGGCUGCCCGACGACAUAAACGAACGUAAGAAUUUAAUUAAGGCUUCGGAGGAGCACAAGUUCAACCCGCAUCAUCCCGAAGCGCUGAAAUUCGGCGAGGUUAAGAAGGAGAAGGUCGAGGAUAUCAAGGUGGAGACCGAGGUGAAAGAGGAAGUACCUGAGAAGAUAAAGACGGAACUUAUAAUACCAAAAGUUAUUGUUAAGGAAGAGAUCGAAACGAGUAACGACGGGCACGGUUUAAACGUGAUGGGUGCGAAGGACGAUUUAAAAUUGUAUAAGGAUAGUCUAUUUUUACCGUACGGGUUAGGGCAACCGCUUAAUCUCAAAGAUACUCAAAAAGACAUUAAUCAUUCGUAUUUGAAGGACCAGUUUAGGCCGGAGCUGACGGGCAAGGACGCCACUACCGUUAAUACCAUAAUUAAGCUUGAGCCGCACGACGAGCCCAUGGAGUUGACGAAUCCCGCCCGUGAAAGCUUCAGUCAACCGCUCAACAUUCCGACGGUCGUUCCAAUGUCGCAAAUGCCAAAUCGACAGACCGAAGGUGUGUUCGAACCGAAAAAGGUGGAGCCGGAACGGCCCGAACGGUUGGAGAGGCCCGAGCGAUUGGAGAAGGGCGAUCGAGUGGAAAGGUUGGACCGUUUGGAACGGCCCGACCGUACCGACUUGGUGAGCAUGGGACAGUCGAUCGGACAACCGCCUCUGCCCAACUUGAUGCAGUCGAGUAAUCUGGUGACCAUCGGAGGGCAACCGUCACUGAACCACUACGGGUUUAUGUCGUCGAAUCCGUACGGUCGACCGGUGGACAAGCCGCAGUUCGCUCAGAAUCCGCCACCGAAUUACGCGAGCUCUCAGAGUGAGCCCCAGAAUUUGAAAAUCAAACAGGAGACUCCCGAACUUUGCUCGAGUACUAGUCAAAGCCACGCCCCGCCUCUCUACCAGCCACCCGCAAUGGUUUCCUCCCAUUCCAAUAGUCAACCUCAUCCGACUCCCAGUUACUCGGUCGCCAUACCUCCGGCUAGCCACGUGACGAGCGGACCCGACCCGCUGCAGAGCCUGAAGGAUGUCAAGGUGCCCGGAUUUACGCUGCCGUCGGUCGUCGCUUCUCCCAACACCAGCGAGCCUCUGUCAACCGGUCCCCCUCUGGACAUCAAGAAGGAACCCGAGUAUACGCCGACGCAAACCAGUAGCCCCGCCCAGCCACCCAAUGAGAAGAGUCCCGCGCCGAAAUACUCGAGCAGCAUCGUCUCGCAAACUCCGCCCCUGAGACAGCCAAAUUCGGGCACACCACCCGUAAUGGUCGGGCACUCCGCUAUGAAUCUGAUCAGUCCGACCUCGUCGUCUCAGCCGGUGAUGCACCCCAGUCAGCAUUUCAACAGCAGUCCGAUGCCACCACCUCACCCGCUCAUGCAUCAUUCCUUCCUGUUCCAUUCUCACCCGUACUCCGGCUACCCGUUCUCGUAUCCGUACCCGUAUGGCCCCAUGCCACACCAGCCGCAAGCCAUUCCCCCACCUCAAGGACCGAUCAAAGUCGAGUCGACGACCUUGUCGAGCGCCCAGCACAGCACGACCAGCUCGGUCACGACCCGGCGCGAAAUUCGCGAGCCCGACGACGUUCAGGGCGAACGCAGCCAGACGCACGAGGCGACGCUAACGCAUCACCAGUCGACCGCCCAUCACAGCGCAAUCCACACGACGACCGAUAAGCAAAACUACGGCGGCGCAACGAAUCACACGAUCAGUAUCUCCCACUCGACCAGCUCGAGCUCGAGCCAAUCGCUACAGCUGAAGGUCAACCAGAAACCGGUGCGCGCGAACUCGCCGCACACCACGAUCUCGCAGACGUCGACCUCGGCGACGAUCAACCACACGAGCUCGACCAAUCAGCACACGCACCACCACAUGCAUCACCACGAGCAGGUAUCGCUCGGCGGCAUGCGCCACAAGCAGACGCCGGCGAACCCCCACCACCUCAUGAUCCAGCCGCCGAGCAUGGGCCAUCACCCGCCCCUCGGACCGCCGCCGAUAGGCAGCAGCUCGCUGGACGCGCUGCGCGCGCACGCCGCCCAGGCCGCCGCCAACAUGCAGCAGGGCUCGCUGCACCCGUCGAGCGGCUCGCCGAUGUCGGCGCCGACGCGACCUCCGCCGCUCGCCGACGACGUCAUCAAGGUUGAGCCCGAACUCGAACCGCCCGAGGAGGAGAGCCAAACCAGUCCGUUGACGCCGGCGAGGGGACCUUCGCCCGAACCUCGCAUCGAGGAUUCCGAGUGUCACCGCAGUCAGUCGGCAAUAUUUUUAAGGCAUUGGAAUCGAGGGGAUUACAACUCGUGCGCCCGCACCGAUCUCACCUUCAAACCCGUUCCCGACUCGAAGCUGGCGAGGAAGCGCGAGGAACGGUUGCGCAAGCAGGCCGAACGCGAGCGCGAGGAACGCGAACGGGCGCAGCAGGCGCAAACGCGAAAAAUAACCACGCCGGAGAAGCCCGAGGUGAAACCGCCCUCGCGCGGUCACCUGGAGUCCGUUUCGUCGCCGUACGAUCGCUUCCCGAGGCCCGGUUUCACGGACACUCCCGCCCUUCGAACUCUCUCCGAGUACGCGAGGCCCCACGCCGGGUUUAGCCCCGGUCACAUGCCCCGCUCCCUGCUGCCUCCCGCGCAUUGCAUGGAUCCGAUGCUGCAGUACCAACUGAGCAGCAUGUACGGGCCGGGCGCGCGCGAGCGCAUCGAGUUCGAGCACUUGGAGCGGGAGAAGCGCGAGAGGGAGAUACGCGAGUUGCGCGAGCGCGAGCUGAACGAUCGGCUGAAGGAGGAAAUCAUGAAGAGCGGCAUGCGAGGACCUCCCAAUCCGAUGGAUCCGCACUGGCUCGAAAUCCAGAGGAGGUACGCCGCCGCCGGACUAGCGGGACCAGCAGGACCGACCGGUCUGCCUUUGCAUCAUUUCGCUUUGUAUCCCGGAGCGAGCGGUAGCGCACAGCUGUCCCAGCUGGAGCGCGAGCGCUUGGAGCGAUUGGGGAUACCACCUCCCGGGGGACCCCCCGGUCCGCCCACGGGCCCGCCCGGUGGGCCACACGUUCCGCAUCACCCCGCGCACGCAGCCCAGCUCGAAGCAGCCGAACGUUUGGCCUUGGCCACGGAUCCUAUGGUACGGCUACAGAUGGCGGGAAUAUCGCCGGAGUACCACGCCCACACGCACGCCCACACUCACGCCCACACUCACCUCCACCUCCACUCGCAGCAGCAGCAAGCGCAGCAGGAGGCGGCCGCGGCCGCCGCAGGAUUCCCUCUUCCAGGCACGCCCGGGUAUCCGCGACCGAGCUUAAUUCCGGGACGAGACGGUCCUCUAGGCUUACAUCACCCCGAUCUCCUAGGCCGACCUUACGCCGACCAAUUAGCUCAUCAGGCGGCCGCCCACGAGCAAUUGCAAAGACAGAUGCUACUCGAACGGGAACGAUUUCCUCCGCACCCGUCUCUGGUCGCCCAGCACGAGGAGUACCUCAGACAACAGAGAGAAAGGGAACUUAAAGUCAGGGCGCUGGAGGAAGCCGCCAGAGGAUCUAGGCCUUAACGGUUCGUUACAGACGCGCGCGUGACGCUGUAAUUUAAUCGUGUGCCUAUUUUUUCAGAAACUAGUACGGCAGAGUACGGCGUUUCAUUCCCCUUUUCUUUUGUUUUUGCGUUCAGUUUUUUUUUAUGAACCGCGUACUAUUUUCUAUACGUAGCGAGCAACUUAGGUGUAUGUCUAAAUAAAUGAACCGCGUACCGCUAUUUCUAAUUAAUCAAUGUAUACAAGCAAAACCGUUUCAUUUUUUAAAUAUCCUUUGCAAUGAUAGUACAUAAUUUUAUAAUAAAAGUGAAGAUAUCGAUGUUAGUAUUAGAUAGGCCCAAACCUUAGGUGCGAUAGUUGGUUGUUUUUGUUAUUAAUUUUUAUAUAUAAACGAGUGGGUCAGAUUGUACAUAAACUCUUACAAAUCUUGGUGUUUUAUCUGUGUUAUUUUUAUUUUCGCAAUCUCCUUUGUGCCUGUGACUGUAUAUUUCUUACUCGUUGCGUGACUGCACCGGUAAGGAAACAACCGCCUUCCUUUCCGCAGUAUUAAUUCGUCGAGUAAGGAAUUUUUGCUAUUUUUAUUGUACAUUAUUUUAGACAAAUUUUACAAUGUAAAUAUGGGGUCGACUACUUUUUAUUUAUUUUUUUAAUUUAUUUUAAAAACGUUUUUAUUUGUCCCCUCCCCCUUUCUCUUUUUUUUUCAUUUAAAAAUCGUCAAUAAAUGUUUUGCCAAAGAA